CUAGACCCGAUGGCCACCUCCGCCGCCACUGGCUCCUUGCCUUCCUACCUCGUCCCGGCCUCCGCCUCCCGCCGCCGCCGGGCCCACCGGAUCCGGGCGUCGACGACGUCGGUGGAAGGGGCGAUGGACGUGGUGUCGGAGGCGGAGCUGAGGGAGAAGGGGUUCAUGGGGAUGCGGAAGACCAAGCUCGUCUGCACCGUGGGCCCCGCGUGCCUGGACGCGCUGCCGGCGCUGGCGCGCGGCGGGAUGGGCGUGGCGCGGGUCAACCUCUGCCACGGCGGCCGCGACUGGCACCGCGCCGCAAUGACCGAGGUGCGGAGGCUCAACGAGGAGGAGGGCUUCUGCGUCUCCCUCAUGGUCGACACCGAGGGCUCCCAGCUCCUCGUGGCGGACCACGGCGGCCCGGCAUCAGUCAAGGCCGAGGAUUGCUCUGAAUGGUUAUUUACAAGUAAAAAAACUGACAAAGUUCAUCCAUUUGCAAUGCAUGUGAACUUUGAUAAGUUUUCUGAAGGCAUUCUAGUUGGUGACGAGCUUGUCGUAGAUGGUGGAAUGGCUACAUUUGAAGUUACAGAAAAGAUCGGGGACGAUCUACGCUGUAAGUGCACAGACCCAGGUUUGCUUCUUCCUCGAGCCAAGUUGUCAUUCUGGAGGGACGGAAAAUUAAUUGAAAGGAACUUUGGGCUUCCUACCUUGUCGGCAAAGGAUUGGGCUGACAUUGAAUUCGGCAUAACUGAAGGGGUUGAUUUCAUUGCUCUUUCAUUUGCAAAGGAUGCUAAUGAUAUUAAGGACCUGAAGACUUACCUCUCCAGAAGAUCACUAGGACACAUUAAAAUAUUUGCGAAGAUUGAGAGUCUGGAAGCUCUGAAGAACCUGAAAGAAAUCACAGAGGCAUCUGACGGAGUUAUGGUUGCACGUGGUGAUCUUGGAGUGCAGGUUCCUCUAGAACAAAUCCCAGCCAUCCAAGAAGCAAUUGUUGAACUAUGUAGAAACCUGAACAAGCCCGUGAUAGUUGCUUCUCAGCUUCUUGAAUCAAUGGUUGAAUACCCAACGCCAACUCGCGCGGAGGUUGCAGACGUCUCGGAAGCAGUUCGGCAAUAUGCAGAUGCUAUAAUGCUAUCAGCUGAGUCCGCUGUAGGUGCAUUUCCUGAGAAAGCUCUGUCCGUCCUUCGUGCUGCUAGCGAGAGGAUGGAAUCAUGGAGCCGCGAGGAAAACAUGCAAAGAUUUCUUCCGCAACACCAGCUUGCAAUAGCUCUGCCUGACCGUAUUUCGGAGCAAAUUUGCAGCAGUGCUGUGGAAAUGGCAAACAACCUUGCCGUGGAUGCCAUCUUCGUUUAUACAAAGCAUGGCCACAUGGCAUCGCUCCUAUCUCGCAACCGGCCAAACCCUCCCAUCUUCGCGUUCACUGACAAUGCGAGUUCAAGAAAGAGCAUGAACCUUUACUGGGGAGUAAUCCCACUUCAGCUACCUCUGUUGAAUAGCAUGAACGAUAACUUCAAUAAUACCAUCAGGCUCAUGAAGUCCAAGGGUUCAGUGAAACCUGGAGACUCUGUCUUGGUCGUCGCCGACUCGGAUCUAAACCAGCCUUGUGGUGCUACAUCAGUUUAUCAAUCAAUUCAGGUCCGACUAGUGGACUAAGCUAUGCAUCGUUGAACUAUUAGCUGCUCCAAAACACCGUUUACUGCAGAUGUGCUAUAGUGAACAAUUUGUGUAUAUUGUUUAUGGAAUAUGUGUUUUCCGUGCCCAA